AUGGAUGAGUUCAGUAAACUUUCGCUAGCCGACCCUAGUACUACUGUUCAAGAAGAAGAUCUACAGGCAAUACUCAGUCUCAACAUUUGCGAAGAUGACUCCAAACCUAUAGGCAAUAAAGCCCAGCUCUCUCAAAAGAUCAUGGACAAGUUCAUGCCACAUGUUCCAUCUAGCCCGUCUCCCCUUAGGCAAGCGGUCCUAGUCGAUGAAAUCCAUGACGAGAUGGACAUCGACGCGAAAGAGGAGUCGGACACAGAGAGAUCCGAAAUUAACAGCGCAUUUAUUGAAAACGAUCUGCUGCAUGAAUCAGAGGCAGAAGAGGAAGAACCCGCUCAAACCGCAUCGCCAAAUAGUAAAGCGGUAAUCAAAGCGCUUCUUUCACCUACCAAAUUGGGAGUUGCUGCCGCAACCAAGCUGGACGAUUACUCCAGCGAAUCGAGCGUUCCAGCAGCUACGCCUGCCACCGAUGGCCAAGCAUCUCAUCUUCAGAAAUCAACAGAGAUUACGGGCGUAGAAUUACCUCAAGAGACUUUAGAGACGCUGCGACAGAGAUCGCAAUACUCGCCAAUACAAAUUUCGAUAAACAACAAUCACUACUACUACCCUCCAGAAUCACAAUAUAUCGAGGAGUCUGGCAUUCGAAAAAGAUCGCUGAAGCUUCCGGAUCCAUGGUCUCCUCAAUCGCAUCCCGCGUCUCGCGGCUCAUACUUGUUCACCUCGUAUCUCCAAAUUUUUCUCAACCUAUUGACAGCAUUGAUAUACUUUUCAUUCGUCAUGAUAUUUAUGCGGGCCAUCAAGGCAGACUUGAGAUCCGAGUGGCAGACUACCAAGUUGGAGCUGGUCCAUGAAUCUCUCCAGUGCCGAAUCCACUACAACGCCAACAAGUGUGAAAGAGCCACGCGCGUGCCGGCGCUCGAGAAGCAGUGCGACGACUGGGAGAAAUGCAUGGGCCGGAACAACGAAUUGUUUUUCCGAGCCCGAUCCGCGAUUAGCGCUAGACUCAUCGGCGAUACACUCAACUCUUUCAUCGAACCAUUGGGCUGGAAAACACUUGGUGUUGUGCUAGCAGGUCUGGCCAUCUGGUGUUUUAGCUCCAAUUUCAUACUCGGUUUCGCAAGAGCAAAGAGCUACUACGGAGAUGAGCAGAAUCAGAGAUCCUCUCACCGUCCCUGCGCACACCAAGGCAUUCCUUCAGGGAAUUUGCUACAAAACAACGAUCAGCUACAAGAGUGA